CUUACCUUUUUAACAGGUAAAAGUCGGUCUUCGUUUACGUGAAUACACUUAUUACCCACUAGCUUUAAAGAAUUCCGUUACUGUAUGGGCUCGUAGGCACAUUAAGCUAUUCUCAUUUAAGGUAUCAUCACAUAGAAAUCUAGAAGCCUGCAUUUCCUUACUUGAAUAUGCACAUCUAUAUAUAUAUAUAACUAAAGUAGGUUGAAGAGAAGCUGUGAGACUUUUUGGUAGUGUAAGAUUGUUGAUACCGUGCUAUACAUACCUGCUUGGAGAUAACGGCGACAAGAGGCCAAAGCUUACGGUCGUUAUUCAGUCUCUCAAGAGGCACCUAUCCCGGGCUACACUGCGCUAAGCCACAUAAUCGAUCGUACAUCGCAUUAAAUGACAACACCCCCCGAUGAAGCCUCGAUGUAGAACCAAGGUCAAAUCCGGCUGCCUCACUUGCAAGGCCCGGAAGGUGAAGUGCGACGAAGGCCACCCUGUCUGUUCCCGAUGCCUCUCUACGGGUCGUGUGUGCGAGGGCUAUGGGAUAUGGGGCGGAGGAGGCAACCAAUACGGCCAUCGUUCGGCUGCUCCCUCGCGUCGUGAUAUCCUAGCACGCCCGCGUGUGCCGGUGAUGCUUGCCGACACAGUGAGCAAGGAGGAGACCCGAUGCCUCGAGUGGUUUACCCACCGAACCGCCAUGAAGCUUCCAGGCGCCUUCCGGUCCGGAAUUUGGGAUGCCCUCAUCUUCCAAGCCAUCUCCGCCGAGCCAGCUGUCUUCCACGCUGCGCUCGCCCUGAGCUCGGCGCAUAGGAGGGAAUACUUCCCUGUCAACGUUUUGGCGGUAGAACACGCCCCGGACGAGCAGGAAAAAUUCGUAUUGCACCACUACAGCCGAGCCAUAGCGCAUCUCCAGCCACAUUUCUCAAUAAAGAACAACGCGUCAGUGCGCAUCGCCCUUCUCACCUGCCUAAUAUUCGUCAUCAUGGAGUAUCUCCGAGGCCACUAUCGGAUCGGCGCUACUCACCUUCAGAACGGGUUGAAACUCUUGAACGAGGUUCACGCUCGGCCGAGCGCCGUCAACAAUUCAGCCGACGCCUGGAUUCUCCAGGCUUUUGUGCGACUCGAUGUGCAGGCAAAACUCCUGGGAUGUGGCUCGCAGCGCUUGCAUAUAGUGCUUGACGAUUGCGCGAAGGAUUCCCCAGCUAUCGGUACCGUAUUCCGGACUGUUGAUGAGGCGAGACAGCACCUCGAUCGGCUGCUGAGCCAGAUACUCCACCUCGGCGACGAGUCCCGUCGCCAUUCACAAUCCCAGGACCAAGUACAGGCUACCAAACUCCUCAACCGCCAGCAGCGUGUUAAAUCCAGUCUCGAUGCCUGGUUUCGAGUGCUGAGGGCCUCCAAAGUGUACCUGGACGUCCAAGAGAAAAGCGCGAAAAUUGUUGCCUAUCCUCUGCUCCACAUGUACUAUACCUUAGCAGAGAUAAUGGCUGAUACCUGCAUCCGUUCGGCAAAUGAGUCGAGAUUUGACGCCCACGCGGAAGCCUUUGCCUCUAUGAUGAGUUCAUUAGAGCGUGUACGCAGUCUCACGGCGUCGCCGGCAGUAUACGCCAUAUUGCACCCCCCCAAUAUGUCGGGCUCGAUCAUGGACCUAGGCGCUCACCCGGUAGUGUACUACACAGCCCUCAAGUGUCGCACUCGUCGGACCAGGAACAAGGCCAUCAGGAUCCUAGACGGAUUGGAGCACAAAGAGGGGAUAUGGAACGGCUCUCUGAUGGGGUCCGUUGCUAGGGAGGUAGUCAAGAUAGAAGAAGGGGGCUUCUACGACGUCCCCUACACAGCCACCCGCGGAGAAGAACCCGGUACCACCACCGACGAGCAUGGCAACGCCCAACCGCCGACGCUUCCCGAAUCGUAUAGGCUGCACGACGUCGAGGUGGAGCUGCCGGAGGAUUAUGCGGCGAAGGCCACGAUGAGGUGCAGACGAAGGCUAGAGGACGGCAAAUGGGAAGUGAUUGCGAGAAGGUUCCUAUACGAUAUGACAUCGCAGUCUUGGGUCAACGAGGCCGAGAUAUAACCUGAUCAAACCGGCUUUGAAGCACCCGUGCAUAA